UCAUCAAAUCCUCCCUCCCUCUCCCUUUCCCUCUCUCUCUCUCUCUCUCUCUCUGUUUAAAGCACCUUCUUAUCUGUCAUUCUAUCUCUCUGUCUCUCUCUCUCCUCUCCACCUUCGAACACACAACAUACAUAAUCAACGAAACAAGAACAAUGGAUGGAGUAAGUAGCACAGAAGAGAGCACAACCAGUGACUCCAUAUCCAUUUCGCCACCCCAUCAUAUUGUUACACGUGUGGAGCCACUUGCCAAGUCAGCGCCCCAAGUGGACAGCCUCUGCCGCGUCGGCAGCGGGGCCAGCAGCGUGAUUCUCGACUCCGACCUCAGCAGCGGCGGCGGCGGCACUGGUGGCGUGGAGGCCGAGUCCCGGAAGCUCCCUUCCUCCAAGUACAAAGGCGUGGUCCCACAGCCCAACGGCCGUUGGGGGGCCCAGAUUUACGAGAAGCACCAGCGCGUCUGGCUGGGCACCUUCAACGAAGAGGACGAGGCCGCUACGGCCUACGACGUUGCUGCACAGCGCUUCCGCGGCCGCGACGCUGUCACCAACUUUAAGCCCUCCUCUGACGACGAAGAAAACGACGACGUCGAGGCCGCGUUUCUGAGCUCCCACUCCAAGUCUGAAAUCGUCGACAUGCUGCGAAAGCACACGUACAAUGACGAACUGGAACAGAGCAAGCGCAACUACUUCUCUUACGGGAAGCGGGGCCAGUCCAACGGGCCGCUGGGCUUGUUCGGGACGGACAACAGUCGCGUCCAGAAAGCGCGUGAGCAGCUGUUCGAGAAAGCCGUGACCCCCAGCGAUGUCGGGAAGCUGAACCGCCUCGUGAUCCCGAAGCAGCACGCCGAAAAGCACUUUCCGUUGCAAAGCGGAAGCACUGCAACCAUAACGGUAAGUGCAUCUUCCGCUUGCAAAGGAGUGCUUUUGAAUUUUGAGGAUGUCGGGGGAAAAGUGUGGAGGUUUCGAUACUCUUACUGGAACAGCAGUCAAAGCUACGUGUUGACCAAAGGAUGGAGCCGGUUCGUGAAGGAGAAGAAUCUGAAGGCCGGGGACAUUGUGAGCUUUCAGAGGUCAACCGGACCGGACAAACAUCUGUAUAUUGAUUGGAAGACCAGGAUGAGUGUGUAUAAUAACAGUAAUGGGUCGAACCCGGUUCAAGGUCAGGUUGCACCGGUUCAGAUGGUUCGGCUAUUUGGGGUCAACAUAUUCAAAAUACCUGGGAGUAGCGGGGCUGGCCCAGUGGAUGCUGCAGCUGCUGCUGCUAUUGGCGGCGGUUGCAAUAAUAAUAUCGGCAAAAGAAUGAGAGAGAUGGAGUUUUUGAAAUUAGAGUUUAGCAAGAAGCCUAGGAUCAUCGGAGCUUUGUAGAAUUUUUAAAAAUUUUCUUUGUUUUUUUUAGCUUUCUGUGAAGCUGCAAGAAAGGUGAAUUGUAUAUUAGAUGACAAAAAGAAUAAAGCUGAGCUGAAGAAAGCAAAGCUUUUGAAAUUAGGUGCAACAAAUUAAUUUGAAAAAAAAAAGAAGAAAAAAUUAGUUUGAAUCUUCAUUGGAUAACUGUCAAUUUUGUUGUUGU